AUGGGGAAAAAAAUAAAGAAGGAAGUUGAAGCUCCACCAAAGGAUGUGUUUGAUUUAUUAGCAAUCGAAAGUAAAAAGGCAGAAACUGCAGUCUUAAUGCUUCAGUCUCCAGAAGAGGAAAUUCUUGCUAAAUCCUGUGAUGCUUUAUACAAAUUUGCAAAAAAAGGAGAUGAAAAUAAAGCAACCCUUCUUGGACUUGGAGCAGUCGAAUCAUUAUCUAAACUUAUCUCUCAUGAAGAUAAAAUAGUGCGCAGAAAUGCCACAAUGGUCUGUGGAAUCAUGGCAGCACAUAAUGAUGUUAGGAGAUUGAUGCAGAAGCUGGAUAUGAUACCUUCGCUAAUUGCUCGGCUUGCACCAGAAGAAGAAGUGGUGGUUCAUGAAUUUGCGACUCUUUGCCUUGACCACAUGGCUAAUGAAUACACCAGCAAGGCAAGAAUAUUUGAGCUGAAUGGGUUGGAAGCUCUCAUCCGUUUGUUAAGUAGCCCAGACCCCGAUGUGAAGAAAAAUUCUGUAGAAUGCAUUUAUCUGCUUGCUCAGGAUUUCCAAAGUCGCAGUGCAAUAUGCGAGCAGAACGCUAUCCCGCCAUUGCUGGAACUACUGAAGUCAGACUAUCCAGUAAUUCAGCAGCUGUCACUGAAGGCUCUUGGUAGUGUGAGCUGUGAAGCAGGAUGCAGGAUUGCUCUGAAGGAAAACCAAGCUUUGGAUCACCUUUUAAAAAUUUUGGAAGUAAAGGAGCUUAAUGACUUACAUGUGGAGGUGCUUUUGAUCAUUGCAAACUGCCUUGAGGACGUAGACACUGUUCAACUUCUUCAGCAGUCAGGAGGACUUAAGAAGAUAUUGACCUUUGCGGAGACUUCUCCUCUGCCUGACGUGCAGAGAAAUGCCGCCAAGGCCAUCGCUAAGUCAGCUAACAAUGCUGAGAAUAGGAAAUUCUUCCAUGAGCAAGAAGCAGAGAAGACCCUGGUGGAGCUGCUGGCGUCUGAUAAUAAUGGAGUGAAGGUGGCUGCUUUGCAAGCUAUCUCUGUGCUGUGUGCAAAUGUGGCCAGCAAGGACAUAUUCAGUAAGAAUGGAAUUCUUCAGAUAAUUAAUUUAUUGAACAAAGACAAUGCAGAAGUCCAAGAAGCUGCGGUGUUUGCGCUGGCAAAUCUCACCACUGGCCUCCCUAAUAAUGCCGGUGCCUUGGUGGAAGCUGACGGAAUUGAUGCCCUGGUCAAUCUUUUGAUGGAUAAGACAGAAGGAGUGAUUGCCAGCGCAUGCACAGUUCUUAUCAACAUGGCUGCUCAGGAAUCUCUCCGGCUUGCUAUGCAAAGUCAUGGUGUUAUGCAGGCCCUAGCGACUACAUUGCAGUCAGCCAGUAAUCUGGUGCUCAGGAAAGCCGAACUUACAGUGGCUGCCUUGGGAUGUGAUGCUGAAGCAAGAACAGAGUUUAAAAAUGCAGACGGGCUCGUCCAUCUGGUGAAACUUCUCAGUUCCAACCAUGAUGAAGUGAGGAGAAAUGCAUGCUGGGCUAUUGCAGUGCUUGCAAAUGACGAAGAGACUGCUGGGGAACUGUACAGACUGGGGGCUUUUGAAAUUCUUCAGGAGAUGAAUUAUUCAACAAGUCGUCGAAACAAUUUUAGUGAAUUAGCUGAAAACAAGAUGUUGGAUAACAACCUUCCCCUAAAGUACAAUCAGAAAGGACAUUUGUCCUACAGUAACCUUAUAAAGGAUGGGUUUUAUGACCAUGGUCGGCUAAAACCAGGCUCAAAGUUGCCAUCUUUGGAAGAACUGAGUAAGCAAAUGCUGAACCAGAAUCGAGCAGUUAUCUUAGUAAACACUAAACUUCCUGAACUGAUUACACCAUCACCACCUCCAGCACAGGAAAAGUCAGAGCCAAAUCAUGGACGAUCUGCUUCCUCGCAAAGCAGGAGUGCAUCAAGAGAAAAAGGAGGGAGAAAUGUUCCAUCCCCAGUUGAUGAUAAACAAGAUGUUCCUUCCGGUCGAUCUCCUUCCCUGAGCAGAAGUGGUGUCAAGGAAAGAUCUUCCAGCAAAAUAAAGAGUAAAGUAAAGAAAGAAGAAGAAAAGAUGAAAGAAGAAGAUGAGAUUCCCCCAGCGAUGAUUCAACCGGAGCCUGUUCCUCAGAUAACUCAAUGGUUCCCACCAUUUGACCAAGAAUUGGCUGACUAUAUCUCAGAAGUAACCAGUACAAUCCUUCCUCUCCUUCAUCCCCGGGAGCAGGUCGUUGCUCUGGCACAGUUCGUUGCCGAAAAGAUGGGUGGACCUAUUGCCAAGGAUCGACUGCAUGAAUUCAGCUGGGAGCUUCAUGUCAGUGGGCUUAAGUAUGAGCUGAAGUGCAAUGUAAUACCUAUUGGAAGAAUUAAGAAAGGAAUAUUCUAUCAUCGAGCGUUGCUUUACAAGGCUAUAGCUGACAGACUUGGCAUUGGCUGUUCUCUAACACGAGGAGAUUAUGGCCGAGCGUGGAAUGAAGUGAAGUUACUCAGUGACUCCAUUCAUGCAGGAACAAAGGCUCCACCAGAGACUUAUAUUGUAGACCUCAUGUAUCAGCCGGGUCACUUGAUGAAACCUGGAAGUGUGGAGACAGAUCACUAUCAACAGCUCUAGUACAUGUGCAUUCUGCUAUAUUUAUUUAAGGGGUAUUGCCAUCUGAACAUUUAUGUUAUAUCCACAGGAUGCCCUGAUCUAUGGGAAAUCCCAAAAUAGCAGAGUAAGGGUACUUCCCAUAGAAGUGGAGAGAGCCACGCAUGUGCUGCCAUCUCUCUUAUCGACUCGUGGCCAUGAGUCAAUGACCCGUCCUCGAGGUGGAUGUAGCUCCCAGAGGUGGGUCUCAUAUCCUGUGGAUAGGCCAUAAAUGUCUAGAUGGAAAUAUAUUUCUUUUGCUUGCUAUACGCUUG